AUGCUGCGAUUUACUCGGUUUCUGGAGAUCAUCGCCCGUAGCGGACGAUCAUGCAUUACAGAUGAGCGACAGUUCAAGGUGUUCCGAGCUUUUGUACCGGCUUUCGCGACAAGUCAAUCGUGCGUUACCUUCACGAUAAAGUAUGGAGAACAAACGACUACAACUUUUCCAGAGUCCAUCUUGCUCGGUCGGGGAAUAACGGCGCGUAUCGAUACUUCCCGCCGUCUGGGCCAAGGCGGCUACGGUGUUGUGUACGUCGGUUCCUGUUCCCCCUCUGGACAACGAGUCGCGAUAAAAGUCGUCCAGUGCCAACAGCAGGUUUUGCUUCUGCUCGAUCGCGUGAGAAGGUACCAGCUGGAGCAGCGCCGGGCAGACUGGCUUUCUGAGAGCUCGACGGACACGAACUCCAGCUCGUAUUCGCUGCCGGCAGCUGAGGUAGAUGACGACACCAGAAAAGACUCCACUGAAUCGUAUGGAGGGGCCACCUCUGCCACCAUAGAGACGACACCUCGUGGGGAACCACUGCCGGCGAAGGACGUCAUGCGCGCUCUGGCGCCCCAUCCCAUUCUGCCCUCGCCGAGCUCAAUGUCGGCCUGUGAAGAAUCUGAUUUCGCUGAGACCGCAACCGAGGGAGAGGCGAGGCAGGAGGACACGUUUGCUGGUAGCGAGUCGGAGAUCGAGAUCGAGCCGGCCGCUGUUGCGACGCAGGAAAACACGCAGGAAGACGGCGGCUGUUUGGAACAGGGAGAGGGGAACCCAAGUUCGACUCAGGAGGCACAGGAGCUCCAGCAGGAGCAGAAAGAGGAUGAGGCGUCGAUAUCGACGGAGCUGAAGACAAAUGCCGACGGCGAACCCAGCAAAGCUCCCACUCGUGUGCCCCCACGGGGGGCUGCGUUUUCUCGAAACCGAAAGGGCAGCACUGCGCUUGACUCACCCCGGAGCUCCUCCCUCCAGGCGAUGUUCGAGUCUGCUCAUCUGCUGCGCGUCUACGGAAUUUAUCCUUGUCUCCAAAGUAGCCGCUUGUUCACGGUUAUGGAAAGACUUGAAGGGCCUCCGCUCCGUGCGCACCUUCUUGAGGAGUACUCCGAGACGCUGCCUACCGAAGAGGAAGCAUUUCAGAUUGUGUUUCCUGUGCUCAAAGGACUCCAGGAGAUCCACGAAAGAGGACUAAGAGGGAAUUUCGACAGGACUAGGAGCAGCAUGGGGUUUAACGUCGUGGCCCACAUCCUCGUGGGCGGCGGCGAGAAUCGCCAAGGGACACAACUGCAUGUCUCAGGCUCAAGCGGAGAAGCGGAGCUUCUGUGCAAGCGAAAUCCUUUGAGAUGGGCCUGCGCCCCUCCUCCCGCGAGAUACGGCACCGGGGCGCAGUGCGGAUGUUCACGCGCAGGUGAGCAGGUGGAAACUGGUUCGAAUGCUCUGAAGGGGGGAAGCGGUUUCAGGAACUACGCUCUUGGGAAGGAGAGUGUACGUACAGCUUGCAGGAGAUGCCCUGCAUGCGUCGGCUAUGCGUUCACUCCGCAGUGCAUCCCCUACGAGGCCCUCGUGGAAAAGAAAGUGUCGCCCUGGGUGGACGUCUACGCCGUAGGGUGUCUGCUGUACCUCCUUGUAGAGGGGUGCUUCCCGCACGAGCCGGUGAAUGUUGCCAGAUACCGGAUUGCGGAUGCGACCGAGGCCCUUCAGCAUCCCUGGAUUGUCCAUAUGGCUCGUUUGCUUGAGGAAAAGCAGGAGGAAACGAACAGAGAAUUAGACGAUGCCGACUCGAAGGAGCUGGCGGAAGAGAUGGAGGAGGCAGACGACGCAGCAGAGCAAGAAGGGGGAUGCAAAGGCCCGAACGUACCGAAUUCCGAAAGUACCGACGAGCAUGCCAGUUAUGAAUUGCGAGACGAGGAUUACACUACCAAGCCGCCGAAAACCGGAGCUGUGACGGAGCCCUCACGGCCCUGUUUCCACCCGGUUGAGUCCGCUUCAGAGCUUCCAGACCAGGCAGCCGCGGCAGAAGUUGAACACACCGAACGACCGGGAGUGAUGGAGCAGUCAACGCAGGAAGAGGGCGAGGCCUCUGAAGAGAAUCACCCAGAGUUCAGCUCCGAAGAAUGUUUGUCUCAGGAACAGAAGACCGUGGGAUCUGCUGCUCCGCUGUCCACGCCGGUAGCGGAAGCUCGUGGGGAGGAAAAUGGUGGUAUUGACAUCAUCGGAGGUAUCGUUGAUUUUAUAGUGCGCUUCGCCGUUGGAGAUGAGUCUCGGAGACGCCUGCUUGAGGAAAGAUGGAGACAGGAGGAAGAUAGAGAGCGGGCUCUGGCGAAAUAG